AUGGCGCUACCAGAGUUUGAAAGCAUUUUUAAUAUUGCGUGGAAUGCUGUGGAUGAGAAACAGCACGGUUUUAUAUACGCCAAGGAUAUGCCUGAAUUAAUUCAGCGCUUGAACACAAUUGCAAAUACUAGCCUUACUACUAAGUCGAAUGAUGAGGCAAUCUUGAGUUACGCAAACCAGAAUCCCUUCUACAAGCUAGAUAAGGAUGAGUUUAAUGUCAAAUUUCAGUCACUAGUAGGAACAAGUUUAAAUACAGCGAUGGAGAUGGCUAACUUUAGUGAUACAAAACCACGGUUAUUCGGCUCAAUCAGGCGGCAGAGUAUAGCAGGAGACGACCAAAUAAAGGAUGAACUAUUAAAAAAGAGCAUGGAAAUAGAAAAACUACAGUCGGAAAUAAAUGACUGGAAGGGUAAAUACCAGUUUUUGGAGCGCGAGUUCAUGUUUUACCAAACUCAUCACAAGUCCAUAUCGGACUCUACUCAACAUGAAUUCAUUAUAAGCGAAAUGAAACGCACGAUUGAAGACCAGACUAAAAUGAUAUCAAAACUUAAAUUAGAAAUACAAGGAACCCCAAUCAAAAAACCAUCAAUAAGCACUACUAAAAGCGACGUAUUGCGCCAUUUAAGCAAACGCGGACUCGUAUUUUUGCUGCGUUCGCCGAGGAUUGCACUGGCAAUAGCUGUGCUAACUUAUAUGUUAUGGUACAUGAUUGUCUCGAUGUCGGCUGGCGCCAAUAGUAGUCAGGUAGGUGUUUACCAUCCGCCAAGUCAAUCUUGGUGGGAACGCAGUAAUGUGAUCAGCGCUUUUUACUGGUAUCUGACAGACAAAUUCGAGUCGAACCAAGUUAUCAACGAUACAGUAAAAGAUAAGGUCAGUGCUAAUUAUAAUAUUGCAUUUGAACUAUAA